AUGACAGCAAAUGGAAACGGCGCUAAUUAUGCACCGCUGAAACAAACAUUUUCAGAUUCUGAAUCUGAAGACGAUCACAAACUGGAAAAUGCUGUCCAUAUUCGAGCUACAGAGAGUUGUAAUAAUUUGGAUUACAAUAGUGGACUACAAUCUUCCAAGAACUAUAGUAUGAGUGACAUGGAUGACUUAAAUACUAAUGUUAACACACUAGAAAGCACUAUGGACAACGUAAGUUUUCUGCAAUCUGAUGUUUCAAAUAAAAUGUCUUUGCCUCGUCGUUGUGCUUUUGUCGCAUCUAUAUUUAUGUGCGUUUUUACAGUAGUAAUAUUUCUAUGGGGUAUACCAUGCUCAGAUGUAGGAAGUUGCCCCAAUAAUGAGUGGCAUGACAAGACAACCAGCUGGGAAUUACCAUACUAUGAUUUAGAGCUUUCUGGUGCAAUUCAAGUGGUGAAUGGUGCUAUACCUAACACCAAAAAUUUAAUAUUUAUUUAUAGAGGUAAUCACAUGAAACAUGAGGGUUCAAGUAACAGUGAUAAUGUAAAUGGUGUACUGCUUAUUGUUGGUAAUACUGGGGAAGUAGGGUGGUUUACAAGAGAGAAGAGAAUACCUACAGAAAUUAAUUGCCGUGUUGUUGAUGUGAAUAAAGAUAAACAAAAGGAUUGUAUAGUAUCAGGGUCUGAGGGUUUGUUAGCUGCUUUGAAUGCUUUAUCGGGUACCCAUUUUUGGCAUGUCAAUAAAAAUGGAAAUGUUUCUAGUGAUAUUGCUGCAAUAGACUUCCCAAUAAUAGUGAAUGAUACUGACAAGGAUGGAGUGUUGGAUCUCCUGACAAUAGCUACAGUCUAUCCAAAUACAAAUCACAAUGCACUACUGCUUAUCUCAGGCGCUAAUGGAAAUAUUAUUGGUGGUCCAUUGAUUAUUGCGGAUUGUAUGUCAGUAAAAUUAUUAACUGAAUCUAUUUCCAUAACAUAUCUAUGCAAAAAUGGACCAGCGGAAGCUGUUAGACAUAUUUUGUAUCCUCAACUACUCAAAAAAUUAUCCACCAACCAUGCAAAUAGAACUUCGCCAGCCCCAAAAAAACCAAACUUAAGUUUAAAAAAGAAUAUAGGCAAUACAAGAAAAGUAUUUAAUAACGGACCAGGAAAACUUAUUGUAGAAAAUUCAGGUGAAUGUCCAAACUCUUGCAGGGUAAACUUGACACUGUUAUUAGAACAAAAUGGAACUACUAAUGUUAGUUGGGAAUAUGCGGCGAAUCAUGUGUUUGCUAUGAAUCCAAGCUCUUUUGCAUUCACAAAUUCUAUACGUGGUUUUGUACUGAAGUUAUGA